CAAUCAUUACACUAAAAUAGCCAACAUUCUCCUUUUGUCAUAUAUCCUCCCACUUUCCCAUCUUUAAGGGGUCAACGUCCAUGGAAGAGCCUCUCCUCCAUGAUCCCUCCUCCUCCUCCUCCUCCUCCUCCUCCUCCUCUGUCUCCUCACCCUCCAGCACCACCAUCAUUAUCCGUUUAUCGACGAUCAUCGCCGUUGCUGCCAUCUCUCUCUGGGCAAACUAUGAAGCCUCAAAAGGCUUUGAAAUCUCCAUCGUCAACGCUGCCGCCGGAUCUCUCGCCGGCCGCCGUUUCAACCUCAUGUUCGUCUCCAAUGGCAGAGCUGCCCGAAUGGUCCACCACGCCAGUCAAUUCGUCGAGCAUGAGCUUUAUCCGAGCAAUCUCUAUCCCCGGAAGCCCGUCAACCGCGUCACCCUCCGCAUGGCCAGCCAUAAUCUCACCACCACCGUAUCGCUUACCUCCGGCCGCGGCCCCGCCGACUUCGUCAUCAACUUAAGCCCAAGCCUCAUGUCGCCGUCUGAUACGUACGCAGCUUUGGCCUCAGCAGUGCAGCGGGGCAUAGCCCGUGUCUGGCUUUGGGACGGGGGCGGCACAGCGCCGGAGCCACUCCUGGACGCCAUGGUGGACUACCUCGCCAUGAUUGCCGGCUUCGCUUCACCUACUCACGUAAUCACCGACGCCGUUUCCCAAGAACCGAAUGGGACGUGCUGGUCGGGGGAAUUCCUGCGGCACUGCGAUGGCCGGCGGCAAGAAUUCAUCGCGAGGUUGAACGGAGCGAUGAGAGGACGGUCGUGGGAGCUGAUGGUGGAUGAGGCGCUGGGCUCGUCGGUCCGGCGGAUGUGCGAGGGCUACCGGUCGUCGAUAGGUCAGCUCAGGGAAUCUUCCGAUGCCACGCCGGAAUUGGUAGAGCUGAGACAGGUCAUAUGAGCUGGAGAGGAGGGCAUUGGACUGCUACGAAAAAGAAUUGAGUCUGAGGAGGGGAGAGGUGGGACCGAUCCAUUAGGUAGGGCCCAGGGAACCCAAUCGAUGGCUCAGGUUGAUUGGAUCAUUCUACUGUUUUCUUUUCCCUAUCAUCCAUGAAGUUAUGGUCAGAAGGAAGCACA